AUGCAACCAAGACCUCGGGCGACUUUCCUUGACGGCACCUCAGUUGUCCAUCCUGGUCAGGAAGACCCAACAAACGCGAUCAUACCACCUGCAGUCACGCAGCAGGUCCAUCGACUGGUGAACAACCCCCAGCAUUUCCCUACUCAUGGGUGGAGCUGCGGUGAUGCACAUAAUGCUCUGAGGCGGUCACACUCGUCGUCGUCGUCGUUCAGUUUCAGCCAACGAGACACAAAGCUAACAACAACAUCGAACAUCAACCCUUACGUCGUCAAGGUCCCCCUGUCGCACUACAAAACCGAGUACUGCACCAAGUUCCGCGAGCUCGGCCAGUGCCCCUUCGGAGAGCGCUGCCUGUUUGUCCAUCAUGAUAGUGAGCUCCAGCGCAAGGAGAGAGCCCUGACAUACAAGACACGCCCUUGCUGGUCUGGAACCAGCUGUCAGUACCAGAUGAACCACUCGAGGUGUGUCUAUCUGCAUGGCGACGAGACGGCCGAGAUGUUUGAUGAGCAAAGAGGGAUUAGCUUCGCAAGGGUUCAGAAGAUCUUGGCGGCCAAGGAGGUCAAGCAGCAGCAUCGUCGUCAACAACAGCAGCAGCAGGCUCAGACACAGGAACAAUGCCGAUCCUCUCUCCUCGAACAGUCGUCGUCGACAGAGUCUUUAGAGGCUGCCUCGUCACAGGAGGGUGGUCAAGAGUUGGAAAGCGAGGGGCGCGCAGCAGAGUUAAAAGAAUCAACGAUUGAUGAGCCUCUCGGCACACCAGUAACGGUCUUUGUUCCUCGCCAGCAAAAGACUCUUCAGAGAUCUUUCUCUUAUCCACUGUCGACUCCGAAAAGGACGCUUCUUACCAUUGUACCUCCUUCGCUUCAAUUCCUUCUCAACAACGACAAAAACAACGACACCGCCAUGGGAUCAAUAACUAUGGCGACGACCCAUCCUUUGGCGGACCUCUUCUCUCCAGGAGAGAUGCCCUUUAUCGAGACACCGUUCCCGUCACACGACCGCAUCAACGAAUGGAAGGACCCUUGCUUCGAAGACGAGGAUAGCGAGGACAGCGGGGUCGAUGGUGUAGGGACUGCUAUCCGAGUCGUCUCUUCUUCUUUGCAUAGACCUACAGUUGCAGUACCCCCAUCGUCGUCAUCAGCGUCCAUGUUGGGGAGUCUUGGGAUGAUGGUCUUUUACUCAGAUACCAUUCCUACAAACCCGUCCGUCACGACUGACAACCAGCUCGCGCUCGAUCUCCACCUCCACCUCCAGGCCCAAAAUCACACUCAGCAAGACGCUGUGGCGUUUAACUCUCUGGCCUGUAUGAUGGAUGUGUUCUCCUUUUGGCCAUCGUGA